AUGCACAAUGGGGCUCUACUAAAAUAUUGGGGUCCUCUACCACCUCUUAAUUUCUCACCCACUCCCCUGGACUCUGCUGAAAUGGCAGCAGUUUUCAAAAAGGCAUCAAAUCUUCCACAGGAUGCUUAUGAUGCUCUCCUUGUCUACCUUCAGGCUACUGGACACCAAUAUCGAGCUUAUGAUGCAUUUCCCCAUCCUUCCAAUGCUCUUAUCCUUCCUCCAACGGUUGAACUCCCUCUCCAGGUGCCCGUUGACAUGGCACACCCGGAUGGGUGUGCAACGUCAGCCAUUUGGUGGUGGCACCGUUUGUUGGGCAUCACCACCAUUGUUGUUGUUGUUGUUGAUGUUGUGGUUGUGGUUGUCUGUUGUGGCCGUUGUUGUUGUUGUUGUGGGAUGCAUCACAUCAUGUGA